UUUGCAAUGCAAGGAUCUUCUUCCUCUUAUCAGAAGCCACUAGCUAAUUAUGCAAAUGACGGAGGAUGUGAGUUUUAUAAACUCAUCCACAGUAAGCAAAACAUGGCAAUUUUGUCAGCUGAUGCAAACCUUUCUGAAAGCGUCAUCGAGACCGUCGUCCAGGAAACCAUUAAUGAGCUUCAAUCCAAGAUUCUAAUCAAGAAGGAGUUCCAACUGCCGGAGGAAAUCAUCCCAGCUGAUUCUUCUUCCUCUGAGGGUAAGAAAGAAGAGAAGGCUUGGCCGCCGCCGGCAUCAGCAGUGUCUUAUAAUCUAACUCUUAAAACGCGUGAAGUGUACGAUUUAAUCAAGAGAAGGAAAACUAAGGGAAUUAAAAUAGAAGAUAUGAUCCGAGAAAUAAACCUCUCGGAAACCGUCGUCAGAGAAUUAUUAAGAUUCUUCUAG